UUGUUUCUUGUAUAUCUAGACAGUUAGGUGUCACGCAUUGAAUGUUGUACGAAAUUUCUUUCUCAAUUUUCCACAUAAGUUUGAAUUUUGAGGUCCAAUGUUGGAUACGAAGACUCUGAGAAAGCAUCAACAUCACAAUGAAAGAGAUCUCAACUACACGUACUGUGAUUUACCACUAUAAAUAUAACCACUCCUUGCUAGGUUUCCCAAGUAUAACUAAACCAAAGCAUAUAUACUAGCUUCAUUUCUUUUUUCAUUGUCAGAAUUCAUUCAGAAAGAUGGCAAAAUUACAUAAACAUGUUGGAAUACUUUUUGUGUUGUUGGUGUUGGUGAUAGGUAUAGUAGAAUGUCGCAAACUCAAAGAAGAAGAGUCCAUGGAAAGCAUUGGAGGUGGUGGUUUCGGUGGUGGAGGUGGAUUUGGAAAAGGAGGCAGACAUGGCGGUGGUAUAGGAGGAGGUGUGGGUGGCGGGUUUGGAGGUGGUGGUGGUGCCGGAGGUGGCGGUGGAAAAGGCGGAGGUUUUGGAGGUGGUGGUGGUGCCGGAGGUGGCGGUGGAAAAGGCGGAGGAUUUGGAGGUGGUAGUAUUGGAGGUGGUGCUGGUGGAGGCCAUGGAGGAGGAGAAGGUGGUGGGGUUGGAGGUGGCGGUGGAAAAGGUGGAGGAUUUGGAGGUGGUAUUGGAGGUGGUGCUGGUGGAGGCCAUGGAGGAGGAGAAGGUGGUGGGUUUGGAGGUGGCGGUGGAAAAGGCGGAGGAUUUGGAGGUGGUGCUGGCGGUGGUAAAGGUGGAGGAGUUGGAGGUGGUGCUGGUGGAGGCCAUGGAGGAGGAGAAGGUGGUGGAUUUGGAGGUGGUAGUGGAAAAGGUGGAGGUCUAGGAGGCGGAUCGGGUGGAGGUGCUGGUGGAGGCGGAAAAGGUGGUGGUAUAGGUGGAGGUGGUGCUGGUGGUGGAAUUGGAGGAGGUGGUGGAUCCGGAGGUGGCUUUGGUGGAGGGCACGGAGGAACUGGUGGUGGCAUUGGAGGAGGAGUCAGUGGUGGUGGUGAAAAAGGUGGAGGUGUAGGAGGUGGUGGUGGAGCUGGAGGAGGAUUUGGUGGAGGCCACGGAGUCGGCAAAGGUGGAGGCGAAGGAGCCGGAGGUGGCAUUGGAGGAGGAGUCGGUGGUGGAGGUGGGGCCGGAGGUGGAUUUGGUGGAGGCCACGAAGGCGGGGGAGUCGGAGGUGGUUCUGGUGGUGGAAUUGGAGGUGGUGGUGGAGCUGGAGGUGGCUUUGGUGGAGGUCAUGGAGGCGGAAAAGGUGGCGGUGAAGGAGUCGGUGGUGGUGUUGGAGGAGUUGGUCAUGGAGGUUUUGGAGGAGGAGGUGCUGGUGGCAGAGGCGAGGGUGGCGGAUUCUAAUUUAGCAUUCCUAAAAAUAUAACUUAUAUUGACAAUGCUCGAGUCAUGGAUGUAACAUGCACGGAUUUAAAAUAGAUUAAUUAAAUAAAAUUUCAAGUAUUAUAUAAAGCUCUUUCAUGGAUGCACAUAAGUUUUUUCGAGUAUUAUAUUAAUGAAUUACAAUCUUAGUUUUUUUUACAA